GGUGACGGACAGAUAAGAUUGACAGAUAUUUUUAACCAUGUUUUUACUGAGACUUGAGUAGAUCUUCUCGAUUUUAUGUGACAUAAUUAUUAUUUAGUAUUGCAAAGUACUUAUUUUAAACAUAAAUAAAUUGUAUAUAAAAAUCGAAUCGAAACAGUAUGUGGAAAGGUCUUAGAUUAACGCAAUCGCAACUAUCGAAGCUCCAUUUUAAAGGAAAUAAACUACAAUCAUUAGGAGUUCCGGCGUUAGAUUCUGUGUUAAACCAAUGGUAUGAAUUCUGCAAGAAACCCCCUAAGGGGUUCGAAAAGUAUUUCCAACCAGGAACUAGUAAAAAACACGAAAAGAAACCGGAAAAAGAUGACGCUCCUCCACCGUCGAAAUCUUCACCACCACCGUCAAAACCGAGCUCGUCUCCAGAAAAAUGGAAUAUUAAUAUGUUUUCCAGUGCCCCUGGAGGAAGGGGAUCUGGCCGUGGAGGUUACGAUGGACAGGAUCGAGAAAAAUGGAUGAUGUUUGGUGCCAUGGGUGUAGUUGCCCUAAUUGCCUCAAUUGCAUAUUUCGAACUUAAGUACAGAGAAAUAAGUUGGCGAGAUUUCGUUAAUAUGUAUCUAAAAAAAGGCAUUGUUGAGAAGUUAGAGGUUAUAAACAAAAAAUGGGUUCGUGUAAGAUUACAGCCGGGCACAUUUGAAGGAAAAGUUAUCUGGUUUGCUAUUGGCAGUGUGGACUCAUUCGAGAGAAAUCUAGAGAAUGCGCAAAUAGAAAUGAAUGUUGAACCUCAGAAUUUCUUGCCAGUUAUUUAUAGAACUGAGGUGGAGGCUUCCAGUCUGACAGGAAUAUUACCAACAUUGUUAAUAAUUGGAUUCUUAAUUUAUAUGAUGAGAAGGUCUGCUGAUAUGAUGGGAAGAGGCGGUCGCAAAGGUGGUGGACUUUUUGGUGGUGUGAUGGAAUCAACAGCCAAAUUGAUCAACCCAUCAGACAUUGGUGUUAAGUUCCAGGAUGUAGCUGGUUGUGAAGAAGCUAAGAUCGAAAUUAUGGAGUUUGUAAACUUCUUGAAGAACCCCCAACAAUACAUUGACUUGGGAGCUAAAAUACCCAAGGGAGCUUUGCUCACUGGACCACCAGGUACUGGUAAAACUUUACUUGCCAAAGCUACAGCUGGAGAGGCCAAUGUUCCUUUUUUAACUGUAUCUGGUUCAGAAUUCUUAGAGAUGUUUGUUGGUGUUGGUCCAUCUAGAGUGAGAGACAUGUUUUCAAUGGCUCGUAAGCAUGCCCCAUGUAUUUUGUUCAUUGAUGAAAUUGAUGCCGUCGGUAGGAAGAGGGGUGGACGAAGCUUUGGUGGACAUUCAGAGCAAGAGAACACUCUAAAUCAAUUGCUGGUAGAGAUGGAUGGUUUUAACACAACAACAAAUGUUGUUGUGCUAGCUGCAACCAACAGAGUUGAUAUUUUGGAUAAAGCUCUGUUGAGACCUGGUCGUUUUGACCGUCAGAUAUUUGUACCAGCUCCAGAUAUUAAGGGCAGGGCUUCCAUUUUCAAGGUGCAUUUAACUCCACUCAAAACUACACUCAAUAAAGAGAAUCUAGCCAGAAAAAUGGCUGCUUUAACACCAGGUUUCACUGGAGCAGAUAUUGCUAAUGUAUGCAAUGAAGCAGCACUCAUUGCAGCUAGGGAGUUGUCAACUGACAUAAGCAUGAAAAACUUUGAACAGGCCAUAGAGAGAGUAGUAGCUGGUAUGGAGAAAAAAUCGAAUGUCCUACAACCAGAAGAGCGAAAGAUCGUAGCGUAUCAUGAAGCUGGCCAUGCUGUAGCUGGCUGGUUCCUAGAACAUGCAGACCCCCUUCUCAAAGUAUCUAUCAUACCUCGUGGAAAGGGUCUUGGAUAUGCACAAUAUCUACCAAAAGAACAAUACCUAUACAGUAAGGAACAAUUAUUUGACAGAAUGUGCAUGACUCUUGGUGGAAGAGUGAGUGAGGAAAUAUUCUUUGGUAGAAUUACAACCGGUGCACAGGAUGAUUUGAAGAAAAUUACUCAGAGUGCAUACGCUCAAAUUGUUCACUAUGGUAUGAAUGCUAAAGUGGGUAAUGUUUCCUUUGAAAUGCCACAACCUGGAGAAAUGGUUAUUGACAAACCAUACUCUGAAAAAACAGCUGAAUUAAUCGACUCUGAAGUGAGAGAUUUAAUCAACUCAGCACAUAAACGCACAACAGACUUGUUAGUUGAACAUAAGACAAACAUUGAGAAGGUUGCAGAACGCUUACUGAAGCAAGAGAUUCUGAGCAGGGAUGAUAUGAUUGAAUUACUGGGUCCCAGACCAUUCCCUGAAAAGAGUACUUAUGAAGAAUUUGUGGAGGGAACUGGUUCAUUAGAUGAAGAUACAACUUUACCAGAGGGCUUGAAGGAUUGGAAUAAGGAAAAGCAACCAACUAUUCCCCCACCAGAAAGUAUACCUCCUGCCAGUAAAAAUUAACUUUAUUUAUGUAGUUGAUUGUUGAGUUUUUAGUCAGUUUAUGUGUAAUAAAUACAAUUACCUAUAAGACAUAAGGCUUUUUGUUUUUGUUGACACAAUGUAAGAAUCUGGUACAUUGAAAUCGGCCAAAGCAGUUUUUUACUCACUCACCUAUAGUUGCGCCGUUAAAAAAUUUAAAAAAUUAUUCAAUAUUGGCUUUGAUUGUAUAGAUAGUUGCAUUUUACGUAUUGUAUGAGCUUGUUUUAAUAAAUAAAUUGCAGUAUGUAAAAUA